AUUAACGUUAACUCGUAUUUUUUUCCAACUCUGGUCAGAUGGCAACAUUCAGAACAGGAUCAGCCAUGUUUGAGCCACGCAUACCAGCCCUUUAAAGAAAAUAUAUAUUUCUUGUUAACAAGAUUAAAUCUCCAUGGAUCCUCAUAAUAGUGCGCAGGAUGUGCCCCGAUGUGACCUUUGUGAGACCGCCAUAGUACACAGCUACUGUGACUUUUGUCACGUCAGCCUCUGCAAGCCCUGUGUAGUAGAUCACAUCACAGAUGGAUAUGACAAACAUAAAAUAGUCCCUUUCAAGGAACGAAGAUCAACCCUCAUUUAUCCAAAAUGUGAAACGCAUCCUCACAAAAACUGCAAAUUUCAGUGCAAUAAUUGCAACAAUAUUUUUGUUUGUUCUUCCUGCAUGGCAUCUGAAAAACAUGGAAGACAUAAAUUUGUAGAAGUUACAGAAGUUUUUAAGACAAAGAAAGAUGGUAUUAAAAAAGAUACAAAAGAGUUAGAAAAUCAUAUUUCCCCUACGUAUGAAGAAAUUGCACGCGACUUGGAAAAUCAGCUUGCCAACCUGGAUGGAGGAUAUGAGAAGCUUACAAAAACAAUGUCCGAACAAGGAGAGCAAUGGCACAGAGAAAUCGACAUCAUCAUCAACAAAAUGAAAACUGAAAUCAGCGAGAUAAAAGUUAAACAUAGGGACAUUUUACAGAAACACUUGCAUGAAAUCAAAAAGAUACAGUCUCUCAUAAAAGAAACAUUGCAUGCCUUAAGGAAAAUUGAGAAAUCCAAUGAAGUAUCUUCUACCAUUCAAUACAGCUGCAAGACUAGAAGGUUCAGCAAGCUUCCGCCCAAGGUUCAAGUAUCGCUGCCAACAUUCAUUCCAAAACAAAUAGACCGUGAGAAGCUGUAUAGUUUGUUUGGACAGAUUACCCCAUUAUCUACUGCUACAGAAAAAAAAUUCUUGUUGCUGAACCAAUACAACACUUCAGUCAAAGAACUACUCGGUGAACCGGAACUCAUCUCCACAAUACAGACUGGGUAUAGGGAACUACGCAUUGUUAUCUCCAUAAAUGAAGGGAAAAUAUGGACGAUUGGGAAGAUCAAUAAUAUCAAAUGCUAUAAUAUAAGAGGUUCAAACGUUCAGACAAUUAAAACAGAUUCUGAAAAAAUCCCCAAUGAUAUAGCUAUAGACAGUGAUGGGCAUCUUCUAUUUACUAGCGGGGCAACAAGGACAGUGAAUAAAGUAAAGAAUGGAAAGACAGAAGAGUUGAUCAGAUUUUUAGAAUGGAAACCUGUAGGACUUUGUAUAACCUCUAACGGCAAUCUCCUGGUGACUAUGAACACUGAGGAUGAAACUCAAUCCAAAGUUGUCCGUUACUCGGGAUCUACAGAGAAGCAAACAAUUCAGUUCGAUAGUAAUGGUAAACCUCUCUAUUCAAGGUAUGAUAAAAUUAAAUACAUUACUGAAAACAGAAACCAUGACAUCUGUGUAGCUGACUGUGGGGCUAAUGCAGUAGUGGUGGUUAAUCAGGACGGGAAACUCAGAUGGAAAUACAUCAGUCAUCCCUCAAUUACCAAGCACGAACCAUUUGCACCCUAUUGCAUUACAACAGACGGUCAGAGUCAUGUCCUGACAACAGAUUUUAAGAACCAUCGUAUCCACGUUCUGGAUCAGAAUGGACAGUUUUUGCGUUUUAUUGAUAACUGUGACCUAAUGAAUCCUUUUGGCUUGUGUGUGGACAAUAAUAACAAUCUACUUGUGUGUGAGCUUUACCAAGGUAAUGUAAAGAAAAUCAAAUAUCUAAAGUAGACAAAAAUACAUCAAUGGCAAAAAUGUGAUGCAAAUCAAACAAAAGUGGCCUUUUUCUGUGUGUGUUAAAUCAUUCGAUGCCACAAUAUCUGGAUGUCGAAUAAAUUCGCGGGUGGUGUGUCGGUUAUUCAGGAAAGAAUUUUUCAUUUAAUAGUUCUAUUAUCAGAACGAGACUAAAAGUUAAAAGGGCAAAUUAUCAUUGCUGAUAGAACAUUUUUAAAAUCAUAUACAACUUUGUUUUAUAAUUAUAAAAAAAAUACAUGGCUGUGUUUGUUACGAGCAGAGGUUAUGUAAUUAAUUUGUAGCAACUAUAUUAUCUGGUCGUGGGGAAACCUUUUGCUGUGCUUUAAUUCUUGUUUUUAUUUACAGAAUAAGUAUGAUGUAUUUCAUAAAACAGUGCAGUAGGCAUCAUGCUAAAAUAAAAAUCAUUUUGAAAUGAAAAACAAUCAUUCAGCAUGCCAGGGCCCAUCUUCAUUAAUGCUACGACCAAUCUUAUUGGGGGUUGAAAUUUAGGUUCAUUUCUCGUGAAUUUAUUGAAAUUCAAGUAAAUUGAAGUAUUUGUAUAGGUGUAUCUGCAUCAAUUUUACAUACAUACAUGAACGUUAUUACAUAAAAUUUCAAUAGCAAAAGUUACACGACAAAAAUGUGAUCAUUAAAAAAAUGUAUUAGUAUAAUUGAUAAAAAUACAAGAAAUGUUAAUGAAUGAUUUGCUGCAAAUUGCCUGAACUAAUGCAUACCAAUAGGCACAUAUUCAAUAACAUCAUCCACACUAAUUUGAAAAUUCAGGUGCAGGAUGACCCACCCGUUAUUAAACUUACCUUUACUUUUUCUUCAUCACACUAUACUUAUCAUUAUCAACAUGUCCACUUUCAUUUCAAAACUAUCACCACCUAAUAUCAUAUUACAUGCCACCACAAAUACAAUCACAAAUUAAUUAGAUUAGGCCUACUGUUAAACUUUAUUAAAUAUGGACGCUAUAGUCUUUUGGGUUUUGGAUAAUGGGGAGAGAAGGAUACAAAACUCUCUAAGCAGUCGAUCGUUAGAUUUAUUUCCGCUUGGAUGUAUUUCCAAUUAGUUUUGUGCAUAAACAUUAAGUAUCUGAAGAGUCUGUUUUAGCUAGCAUUCGUAAGAAUUUUUAUUGUCAGUAGCAGAAUACAUGUAUAUAAAAUUAAAGAAUCUAUGGACGACGCUUUUUCCUCUAAUUUUCAUAUCCACGUAUGUAUGUAUACUGUUACCGCCCUGUAAAUCUGUUUCAUCUACAUUUUUAGCAAACUUUAAAUUUUCACAACCAGAAUUAAUCUUACUGUACUGGUUUUGCCAUUUUUCUCAUUUCAUCUGACUUCCGAACGAUUCGCAACCUUUGUUUUGCGUCAAUAUAUAAAUGUAGAUGUACAUAUAAAUACCUCUCAACACGAUUUAAAUCUUAAGUAUCAUUAUUUAAGCUGUAACGCUUUUAUCUCCACAAAAAAUAUUAAAUCCGUUUUAAAACUUUUUACGUAAUAGAUGAUUUACCCUUACACAAUAAUGUACUUGCAUUGACAAAUGU